AUGGUUUUCUGGAAGCUUGAGGCCCUCGGGUAUGCCGAGCAGGGCCUCCUCGUCGCUUUCCAUCCAGGUGGCAUUGGUUCUCUCGGCGGCGUGGAGGGGCAGGUGCGACGCCACAGAAACAACGAGCUGCUCGGAAUGUUCCAGCAGAAGCGUAAAGUGCCAGUUUACAAAGGAGACCAAUCGCCGUAUGUCUUCCAUCAAGUGCAAGACCUGCAAAGUCAACUGGCGGACGCGAAGCAGCAGAUCCAUCAUCUACGAGCCAUGUUCCUCUCGCUUGAAGUCGGAAGGCCACCACUCAUUGACGACGACGACACCGAUGUUGAAUGGCCUUGUCCAGUGGACGACUACUACAUUCGUCCGGGUGGCAUUACAAGGCCUCCUGGAAGCAGUAAUCCCCAGCACAGUCUUACUGUACUGAUACCGGUCGUGCGGUUCAUCGGUCAACUCAAAAAGACGCUUAAAGCCCGAUUCAUCCCUCCGGGAGUCCUGAAGACCUAUGACGACUAUUUUCGCUCCCUCACGGCGUCUUUUCCGGAGCCUUUCCAGACUAAUCGCGACGCAUACCUCGAUCCAAUCUGGUUAACCCAUGCAUUUACGUUACAGAUUGCGAGGUUCUUCCUCUAUCGUCACAACCUCUCUACCGCCUGCCGUUCAGCAGAUCGUGUAGAUGCGCUGAGUCGCUGUCACACGGUAGCGCUGGAUACCACCAUUUCUAAGACUACUAUAUGUGAAGCUAACGGCUAUCGCUUAUGCAGUUGGCGGGCUAAGGUUCUUUCCACGACUACCACCGUAAUGUGCACUCAUCUCUGGCGGUGUACACUCAUACUCUGUUUCCGAGCUGAUUACUCCAAUGCUCUCUCCUGCGUUCGCGUCAGCUCCGCAGUUGGCGACUUACGGCUUGUUAAUAACGCCUGCGGACGUAACCUGGCCUUUUUCCUCGACCGCCUUACCGAGCGGGUACAAAGCGGCAACGGCAGUCAACAGCAGCUGGAGAUUGACGAGGAGAUGCUCGCAUACGUCAGCGGCGAUAUGCAGGGCUGCACGGAAAAUUCAUGGGUCUGGACGGGCAGCGAGACAGGCAUGAAACUCAACAACGGCUCUUCCCAUUUCAACUUUGGCGGACCUCUUCACCCUGCCACAGACGUCAAUGCUCGUGACGGCGGCGAUAUGGCGAGCGACACGCUCGGCCUCCGUCCCAUAUUAACGGACUCCGACAAAAGAGAAUGGGGCGGGUGGGAGAGAGUUGAGCGGAUGAUACACCAUUUGCUGGACGAUCAGCGGAAGCGAGCUCAGCAAUCACAAGCGUAUUAUCACCAACCUUCACACAACUCAGGCAAGCGGCUGCAUCUGGCGCCGCCGGAAGGUCCGGCCUCUGGACCUGCGUCAGCUGGGACGAGUCCAAAUGGCACGUCACGAAUCAGCAUUGCGAAUAUCAUAUAA